AUGUCACGAAGACAAUCACACUCACAGAGUCAUGCGAGGAGUGGGGGAGCACAGAGACGCAAUGCUGCUGAGCUUGAUCGCGAUGCUCGAGCUGAAGCUGGGAAUUUAAAUGGUAUCUUAUCGACCCAACCACCCUGGAGUAGAGAAGCCGAACAAUCUAGACAGAGAUGUCGUGAAAUUCAUCUCCUCUUGAUCUUCUCACAUCCCUUGUCUCCCUAUUCCCAAUCAUUAGAUAAUCUAUGGCAUCAAACUUCCUAUCUACUCAUCUCAGCUUAUCGAAAUAUCAUAUCAAAUAUCGAACGUUCCUCUUCCUCUUCCCAGCCCCAGCAAGGAAGGAGGGAUCGACGAUCUGAUAACAACUCCAACUCGAAUGAAUUGAGAAAAGUUAUCACUCGAUUUAAGCAAUUCUUAUCGAGCGAAGAGAGUUUUUACAAAUCUCUGAUAUCGAGAAUAUACAACUAUCACGAAUUACAAGAUCUCUCCGGUAUCGCUUCUUCCCUUCUACAGGUGAAGAUUCCCCUGGGCAAUCGAUUCGACGAUGAUGCACAUGACGAGGUGGAAGGGGAAAGGGGACAGGAGAAGAAAGAUAAGUUGAAUUUAAUUUAUAAAGGCUUGAUAUGCCUGGGUGAUCUGGAGAGAUAUAAGGAACAAUACAACAGCAAUAAUGGGAAUCAGAAAUCGAAUAGAAAAAGUGGAUCGGAAGAGAAGUACAGUGAGGCUAGGAAGUAUUAUGAAGUCGCUAGGAGUAUACAACCUGAUGAUGGUGCCGCCUUCAAUCAAUUGGCUGUCAUCUCAACUUAUACCUCCGAUUCCUUCUCUACCAUCUAUUAUUACUUCAGAGCAUCAGCCAUACGGAAUGCCUUCAAAGGGAUUCACGGGAUAUUGUAUGAAUAUCUCGGUAAAGCCACUGAGCGAUGGAGAGUCAGGAGGAAAGAAGACAAGGAAGAACCAUCUCUGGAGUCUGGUAAUGAGGUGAAAAAGUGGAGAGAAGAUAUGAUAGUCCUCGUUGGAAUACUGUAUCUCAAAGCUGGAUUCUCAUUCAUCCCUACACUUCAACCUGUCUUGUUCGAUCAAAUGGGUUCAUUAUUGCGAUCUCGUCAACUAUCAACUGAAAAUAUCGUCAAGACAAUCAUCAUACUUAUUGGAUUACAUCAUCAUGCUCGGAAUACCGCUGGGAUCGAACAAGAUGCUAAAUUGAUCCAGAGAUCCCACGAGGGUGAAUUCAGAUCUUUGGAAUUGUUGUUGGGGAUCUCACAAAUUAUAAUGAAAAUUGCAUGUGAAGAGAUCGAAGAAGUUAAAUUCAAUAUAAUCAACCAAAGCGCUCUAUCUGUUGAGAACGAUAAUGAUAACGAUAACGAACAAGAAGGACAAAGUGAUGAUCUGACGGUAUAUAUCAGUGCGAUUUUACGAAGGAUACUUCCUAGUCUAAGAAUAAUUUCGAAAUGGAUCAAAAUGGACUUGGAAUAUUUAUCUAGACAGAACCAAGCUCAUCCUUCCUCCGCGAUACUCAAGGACUUCUGGAUCACCUAUAAGAAGUUGAUAGAUGAUUUGAUGGGGGUAUUUCCAAUCUCGCAAUUACCAUCUCUACCUGAACCUCUCGAGGAGGAUCUAGAUAUGAAAGGCUUCUUACCGCUCCAAAGGGGGAUCACCAGUGAGAAAAACGAAAGUAAUGGCUUAGAUUCACAGGGUGAUGUCCAUCCCAACGAGGAGCAGUUGAUGAGAUUGGCGGAUAUCCAGGUAGAUGCAAAGUUGAUUAUGCAAAGUGCGGUUGGAUCCGCUUUACUUGGUAUUGCAAGACCUUUGGGCUUACCUGUCCAGGUCAAUUCCAGAGAAGAAUCCGACAUUGCAUCUGUCAGUACGGAGACGGAAGAUGAUCCUGUCAAUUUAGCUAUGCGAGCUACUUUGGCUUCGGAAAGUAGUGUUGAUGGGGACGAAGAGAAGGAAGUGGAUAAUGAGGAAGUGAUUUUCUGGAACAAGAGUUCACCUCCCGGUAUCUCCCUUCCACCAACAGCAUCAGCACCUGCACCCCCUGCCUCUUCGACGAAGAAGCCAACAGCGUACGAUCUCCUUCAGAACCUGAUGUUGGAAAGUACUCCUACUCCUCCGGCUGCCGAUUUCCAUUUACCACCUACCACUGCAUCCCCUUCAUUGGGCAUACAUUCUUCUCCUCAUGCUCAUACGAUCACGUCGAACACUCCGAGAAGCGGUGGAUUCCUAUUUGGCUCAGGUGGGAACGCACCUGGACAAGGCGGUAAUAGUAUCUGGGCAAUGACGAGGGAAGAAAGUGAGAAAGGACAGAAAAGAUCGAGUACGGGUGUUGGUGCUGGUGUUGGUCAACCUAACAUAGCUGCUAUCUGGGGUGAACCUAAUCCUGAUCCGAGUCCGACCGCCAAGGUUUCGACGGAACAUACUCCUCCAGCUACCAGUGCUUAUCAUAGUCAACACAUCCAGCAAGCUCAAGUUUAUAAUUAUCCGCCUCAGGGAGGAUCCGCUUCCCAACCAACAGGCGUUCAACAACCAUAUUAUACUCAUGAUCAACCUCAAUACCCCUAUCAACCAACUCAGAUACCACCAUAUCAGACUCAGCUUAACAGUACUUGGGGGUUGAGUAAUGUACCAUUACCUUUACCUCUUGCUUCAUCCCAACGACCGCAGCCUAAUCCAGUAUCGGCUUCUUACCCUUACGAUCAGACCCCCAGCCAAAAUCAGCAUCAGAAUCAGAGUCAGCAGGUCCCAUAUUACCUCCAACCUGCUUAUUAUAAUGCCAAACCUUGGGAAACGAGCGGUGAGCAAGGAUAA